AAGAGGAGGAGGGAAGGGAUAGAACAGGACAGAGAGUGUAGAUGACAAGGAGAAAGGGACUGUGAAGAAGGAAGGAGCUGGAAAGACAGAAAGUGCCUAUGUACUCGUGCCUCCCUCCAGAAGGACAAAGAGGAGGGUGUGCGCAGCGGGUGGGGGGCGGGGCAGGGAGGCACCCAGCCCUCCUGGCCCCAGCCCUCCUCCUCUAGCCUUGCCCUGCGAUGCCGCUGUUUGCAGGGAUGUGCGGAGAGCAGGCACCUGCUGCUCGCUAAUGAUUCAGCCCCUCGCAGCCGCUGUCCGCUGCCGCCGCUGCUGAAACAGACCAGGAUGCUGUUACCACUGCCUGUGCUGCCGCUCCCCUUGCUGCUGCCGCCGCCGCUGCCUCUGCCUCUGCCGCUGCCGCCUCUCCUGCCCCCGCGGCCGCUCCUCUGCUCAGGGUUUUGCCUUUUGCUCUUCCUGAUUGCCAGUUGUUUUCCUCCGCUAAACAGCCCCCAACCUCAGAUGGUCCAGGUGAGAGCCCUGUCUUUUGCACUGGGCUACUGGUUUACUUAAUCGAACAGCGUUUGGCUGGUGUUCUGCUUUUCUUUCUGUCUUUCCCCCCCUUGAUUUCAUCUUUGCCCUCUUCCGAAGCAGAGCCGGGAUACUCAGAGGUAUUUCCAGAAACUAGAAAAGUGGCCCAGGAGCAGACACUGGAUAAUUGCUUAAUCACCUUCCUUUUGCUGUUGUCAGGAAGAGUUUUUGCUUUUCUUCCUUAUUCCCCCUCUCAUUUUCUCCUCAACUCCUCCUGACUUGGAUCAUGGUCUUGGCCAAAGACAACCUAUUGAUUUUCCCCUCUGAGAUGCUGUCUCAUAUUGUUGGGGGGGGCCCUGCCUGGUGGUGAGAGUCCAGGCCUCUUGGAAGUGAGCCUGUAGAGACGGGAGCUUCAGACAUGUCGGAGGGAGCUGCAGAGAGUUGUCCCAGCCCCUCCUCUGAGCUGAGUCCAGAUCCAUCUCUGGAUGGGCUCCCCACAGCUGAAGCAAUGUCACGGGCCCAGGCUGAGGAUGGGGGAGAAGGGGCCAUCGUGGGCCUGGCCAUCCCCUGCUGUGUCUGCCUGGAGGCUGAGCGCUUGCGGGGCUGCCUCAACUCUGAGAAGAUCUGCAUUGUGCCCAUCUUGGCCUGCCUGGUCAGCCUCUGUCUCUGCAUCGCUGGUCUCAAGUGGGUGUUUGUGGACAAAAUAUUUGAGUAUGACACCCCUACUCACCUCGACCCAGGGAGGAUAGGCCAGGACCCUAUCACUGCUGUGGAUCCUACUGCUGCCUCCACCAUCUGGGACCCCUCAGAGGUUUACCCCUCACCUUCUUUUCCUGGGACCCAACGGGAAGCCAAGGGCCAAGUCCAGGGUGUUACAAUGCAGAGUGGCAGUUCCCAAGUGCCCUCUGACCCUUUGGCCCCACCAUCCCCACAGAACCCCUCAUUAGCCUUUUCUCUACUGCCUUCUGCUGCACCAUCCUUCCCUCCACCCAUCCAGGACUCUGAGGGGAGAGCACCCAUGACAGCAUCACAGGCACCAACCACUGAAACGAAUCUUCAAAGUGCUCCAAAAGUUUCCACCUCAACGUCCACAGCUGGAACAAGCCAUCUCGUCAAAUGUGCUGAAAAGGAUAAGACUUUCUGUGUGAAUGGAGGAGAGUGCUUCAUAGUCAAGGAUCCAUCAAACCCCUCCAGAUACUCGUGCAAGUGCCCAAAUGAGUUUACUGGUGAUCGUUGCCAAAACUACGUAAUGGCGAGCUUCUACAAGCAUCUUGGGAUUGAAUUUAUGGAAGCUGAGGAACUCUACCAGAAAAGAGUAUUGACCAUCACUGGCAUCUGCAUUGCCCUCCUGGUGGUCGGCAUCAUGUGUGUGGUGGCCUACUGCAAAACCAAGAAGCAGCGAAAAAAGCUUCAUGACCGGCUACGACAGAGCCUUCGUUCGGAACGCAACAAUAUGGUGAACAUGGCCAAUGGACCUCACCACCCCAACCCACCCCCAGAGAAUGUGCAGCUGGUCAAUCAGUACGUAUCCAAGAACAUCAUCUCUAGUGAACACGUCAUUGAACGAGAGACAGAGACAUCAUUCUCUGCUAGUCACUGUACUUCACCAGCUCAUCACUCCAUGGCUGCCACCCAGACACCCAGCCACAGCUGGAGUAAUGGGCAUACAGAAAGCAUUGUCUCUGAAAGCCACUCCGUGCUCGUGAUUUCAUCCAUAGAAAACAGUAGGCACACCAGCCCAGCUGGGGGGCCUAGAGGACGUCUUAAUGGCAUGGGAGGUCCCCGAGAUUGUAACAGCUUCCUCAGACAUGCCAGAGAGACCCCUGAUUCCUACCGAGACUCUCCUCACAGUGAAAGAUAUGUAUCAGCAAUGACUACCCCAGCUCGCAUGUCACCCGUAGAAUUCUACAUGCCAAGCUCCCCUAAGUCGCCUCCUUCUGAAAUAUCUCCACCCAUAUCAAGUUUGACAGUGUCUAUGCCAUCUGUGGCAGUCAGCCCCCUUGUGGAAGAAGAGCGGCCUCUGCUCCUGGUGACACCUCCGCGACUUCGGGAAAAGAAAUAUGAUAACCACCCCCAACAAUUCAACUCCUUUCACCACAACCCGGUCCAUGAAAGCAAUAGCCUACCCCCCAGCCCCUUAAGGAUCGUGGAGGAUGAGGAGUAUGAGACUACCCAGGAAUAUGAGACCACCCAGGAGUAUGAGCCAGCGCAAGAGCCCACAAAGAAACUCGUCAACAGCCGGCGGGCAAAAAGAACAAAGCCCGAUGGCCAUAUUUCUAACAGGUUGGAAAUGGACAGCGACACAAGCUCUGAGAACAGUAACUCGGAAAGUGAAACAGAAGAUGAAAGAAUAGGCGAAAAUACACCUUUCCUGAGUAUACAGACGCCGAUGGCAGCUGGCUUAGAGUCAGCUCCUGCCUUCCGCCUGGCUGACAGUAGGACUAACCCAACCAGCCGCUAUUCCGCGCAGGAGGAAUUCCAGGCCAGGCUGUCAAGUGUAAUAGCUAAUCAAGACCCUAUCGCUGUAUAAAACCUAAAUAAACACAUAGAUUCACGUGUAAAACUUUAUUUUAUAUAACGAAGUAUUCCACCUUAAAUUAAACAAUUUAUUUUAUUUUAGCAGUUCUGCAAAUAGAAAACAGGAAAAACUUUUAUAAAUUAAAUCUAUGUAUGUAAAAAUGUGUUAUGUGCCAUAUGUAGCAAUUUUUUACAGUAUUUAAAAAUGAGAAAGAUAUCAAUGGUGCCUUUAUGUUCUGUUGUUAUGUUGAGAGCAAGUUUGUCCAGUUACAGUGAUUGCUGUUCCACAGUAUUUCUGCAGAAUUUCCCAUGGUCAGUUUUCCUGGCUUCUUGUACAUUGCAUCAUCAUGUUGAAUGGAUGUAGAAUCCAUAAGACUUACCACUGUUCCUCCUUUGGCUUAUUGUCAGAGCCCAAGUGAGUAAGACUUGUGUUGGUUCACCUGUCUAAGUACCAUCCUCCUUUGUUAGGAAGUUUCUUUACUAUCAGGAUUUACAACAUUGUUGGCCAAAGGCUUGUUUCACUGAGCAUGGAAAUAAUAGUAGGUCCAGCAGCAUGCUACUAAGAAUUAUAGGAAAAAGCUGCAUCAAGUCACAUUUGAAGGCAGGAAGGAAUCUUAUAAUUUAAAAGAUGAACAAACCAAUAUUGUUAUUCAGAAGGAAGCUUGUUCUUACUAGGAUCUGCCUAUUCUUUCCUUCCUUCCCUGUUUUCCUUAUUCCUUCUUUCUUUCCCUCCUUCCUUCUUUCCUGCCUGCCACUUUCCUACUUUCAUAUGGAGAGCAAUGACUCUUGUCAUUUAUUAAGAAAAAGGGUUUUGUUGCCCAUCAAAAUGAAUCUAGUCCUUGAUAAAAAUGUUUGCUCACACUUGCUGUUAGUUUCUGGGGGAAUGAAGUAGCAAAUGAACAGUCAAAAACCAUACUCUAAAUAAUAAAACUACAAUUAUCUUUGACUUGGAAUUGAGGGUUGAUAAUAACUUUUCAGCUUAAGGGAGUGGGGAGAAGCCAUUAAAGAAUAGAAAGUCCAGAACAAAUAAUAACUAAUAUAAUGAUGCCUAAGAGACAUGGAGAAUGAAAUGUGACCUAUGUAGUGACAUUUGUGAGCAUAUUCCCUUGGUCAAGAGAUUAAGAUAAGUGGAUUUAUAGGAGAUACAGAGGAGGGAGUGAAGCUAAACUAACAAAAGACACAAUUUGACUGAAAUGAUAAACAAUUCUGCUGCUAGCUCUCUUGCCAUUAAUACCCCCUUCAUUUUUUUUCUAAUCAACAUUGGAUUGAGCCAGCCCCCAAUUAUGCAUGUUGAUUUUUGCAAAUGUGCAUGUGACACGUGACACUCUUGAAAGGGUGGUGGCUUAUCACUGGAAUGGUUCCUGUGCUGAGACUGCAGUACCUUUCAAUAUAAGCCCCCAGCUAGCCCCUAGAUCCUUUGCUUUUAGAUCACUAAUUCUUCUUGUCACUUCCAUCUGAUUUCUUUCAUCCUCAUACCCCUGGCACAAGGCAGACCCUCAGAUGGGGCUCAGUUUUGCAUGUGGUCCUGAGAUGUCAACAGAAGAAUGCCUGUAGGUAUUAACAUUCUAAAUAAAUGUUCACUUCAGGGAGACAAAUGGGAUCACAAACAUCCAUGUGCCUUGUUCUACACCUUUUGGGGCUAAUCCAAGCUCACAGAUUCCCCCAGCACUUAAAAAGAGACCUACUUAGAGUGGAGCCAUAACCAGGAAAAAAAAAAAACCAAUGAAUUUUUAGUGGCUUCAGAGUAUUGUAGAGAAAAUUUCAAUCUCAAGUCAGCAAGGACCCCAGGAGAAGGGUCAAUUCCUGUGUGUCAGGAGAUAAACAUAAUGAAAUUUUAUUUGGUAGUGAAUUAGAUUUAUGGGCUCAUUCAAGUAAUACAAUAAAUACAGAGUGACACAAGGGGCUGAGCUAGAAAGAAAGAAAAUGUAGGUGCUUUGGUCAGAUAUUUUGAAUAGGAAAAGAAGGGUGAAUACAGAGUUACUCAGAAGAGCAACUCAGGUAGCAACCAACUGUGUCUUUAAAGUAUUGUAGAGCUUUUGCCAGGCUAAAGAGAUGGCAGACAACAGGGUCUUGAAAUCACUUCUAACCAAAUUGCUAGAUUUCUUUGCUUUCUGCAUCCUACUUUUUCUUUGCUCAACAUCUCUGUUUAUUUGGCCAUCAUAAGGAUUCCUUGGACAUACAGCAUCAGCUGCAUUGAGGUCACUGGACCUUGAGAAGAUGAAAGAUUUUGAUAGGAAAAAAAAAUAACCCCAAAGGUUACCACUCCUAACUCCUUCAAUGAUGCCUUGGCAGGAUCUGGCAAACAUUCUGCCCAUUCCUAUGAGGGAUUUCCUAAUACUACCUUAGACCUUAAUAGAGCUGAAUCAAAGCCCAAGAUCAUUGUGAUCAUAUUGAUGCUUGUGCCCUGGAUAUGUCAGCCAGUAAUCCCAGGGCAAAGUCCAUUUGAUUCUCCUUCCAAGGAUGACAUCAGGGCUCCCAAAUUGCCAAACUGCCUAGAUCAUUAUGACGGUGAGAUAUCAGCAUCCUUACCUGAAAUGGCUUCUUGGGUCCAUGGAUAAUUAAUAUCUUCUGUCCCCAGGAUCAAAGAUAAUCUCUAUUGAAAGAGGCAAGGUGAUUGAUCCUGUUGCAAGCAUAAAGCCCCCUCAACCCCCCAGGGUCAUCAGGAUGUCCCUGUGAUGCUCAGUUACUGUUUCACUCUUUCUUUUCUCCUACAAUAAGCUCAGUGCAGCAUCCAUCUGCAAGGGGAGAGACAAAGGACCAGCAUCCCUGGCUUGCAUCGACCUACCCCAUAUUUUGUGUCAAUGCAAUUUGCAUGGGACCUCAAUAAAACUUGCUCCUUGGGAGUUUAUUGUAACUGUACCAAUCCCAUCAGGGAUUAAUCAAUCAAUAAAAACAUUUGUUAUAUACCUACUGUGUGCAGAGCAUACAGUGCACCACAUGGGUAUGCAAUGGAAUGUGGUAUAUGCAAAACCCCCUUUCAGUUAGACUCCCCAUUUUGUGUCUUUCGAUCCUGCUCCUAGAUGUGGUUUGUUAAAAAGCAUUGUCAUGUGCUUUCUCAAUCCAAUGACCAGCUUUGCCAGGGAUGUGUGUGAACGUGCCCAUCAAUGGAAUGGCAUCUCUUCCUCAUCUUCCUCUUUACAUAUGUGGAGCAUGCCCAAGAGGGCCUGCUCAGGAACAUUGGUUCCCUUUGUGGUCUGUAGUAAAGAGGUGACAAGCAAAAUCUGGUUUUACCCCUGGGUACUGAUGGGGUUCCACCAACACAUGGAUUUAUUUCCCUUGUGCAAAGACCUUUGGAAUGCUGCAGCAAAAUGCAGACAAACUACAAUGGCCACAUAUCACAAUGCCUAGUCUAUAUUAUUUUGUAAAUACAUACUGUACAUUACUGAGAUGUUUCCUUAAAUCAUUCACUAUCCUCCUGAGUUAAAGUCUGUUUGUACUCUCUCAAUUUCCUGUCACACUGUAAAUAAUCCUGACCUUUAAUAUUUAUAUUCAACCAUCUAACAUCUAGAGAGAGUCAUUUUCCUAUGAUUUGUGAGAUGAAUGUCGAAAAUGUGUUUCAUUGUGUUAUCUUUUCUUUUAAAUUGUAAUGUAUCCUUUUAUUUUCAUUUAUUUUUUUCUUUUUUUAAAAAAAAGUAAUUUAUUGUUGAGGAGAAAGAAUGUAUCUGUAAUGGAAAGUAUUUGAAGAAUGCACAUUUGAAGGCCUAGAAGUACUGAUAAACUAAACUAAAGAAGUGAUUAUCCCAAA